AUGAUUACUGAACUAAAUGAAUAUGAAGAAUUUUUAAAACAAUUCAAAUUGUUAAAUAUUAUAUCAGCGGAAUUUCGUAAUGUAUGCACAUUACUCGGUACUGAAAUCGAUUGUACAUUGUUACGAACCAAUUUGAUUCAAUUGCAACGAUAUAUGAUGCAUGAAUUGAAAACUACACAAAAUCAAUUAAUCAAAUGUUGGCGUAAUGCAAAUACUGGUUUGUCAACAACGAUAACAAGUGAACAGUCGGAUCAAUUGUUUUCGGUAUUUACCACUUAUGUUGAAUAUCAUAUGAGAGCAUUGUUGAAAACGCUACAUUUGAUUACUUUAUUUCCUUCAAUUAAUUUAAGGCGUCAUUCGAAUACUGAUGAUGAUGAUCAUGAUGACGUUGAUGAUAGCGUAGUUAAAGAAGAAAGUAGAAAGAAGAUUCGAAAUAAUGAGCUGGCUAAUCAUGAAAUUGUUACACACAAUGAUUCAUCAUGGAUAUUGGCAUCGAAUAAAUUACUGCAAACUAAUAUCAAUUCAUUAAUUAAUACAGGAUAUACAAAAGCGUUGGAAUUAUCAAUUAAUCAAACAAAUCUUCCAUUAUUAAUCAAUGAUAUCGAUGAGGAGAAUGAUGAAAAUAUUGUUAAUCUUUCUGAAAUUGAUAUAUUGAAAAAUGAAUAUCGUACUUUACAAACUACAAUAAAUGAUAUGUCAUCAUUAAUUUGUGUUACUCCAUGGAAUGUAUUAGCAUUUCCAGUUGAUAUUAUUGAACAACGAUUAUCAUUACAAGAAUCAACUUCUACUAUACAUCAACAAAAAAGUCAACCAAGUCAUCAUCAUAGUUUUAGUAAAAAAUCCACUAUAACUAAUAGUAGUAUAUGUUCAUCAAAUAUCAGUACAACAUUUGGGCAAAAUCGUGUGCAUAUUUUACCAACUAUCGAUGAACUGCCACUACAUUCAAAAUUAUGUGAUUUAAUAAAAAAUUAUUUUAAACAAAAAAGAAUUUUUGCAUUUCUACUUAUUGGUACUUUUAUUAUUACAUGUUUAAUUAUUUUAUUAAUUUUAUUUAUUGUUAUAUUUCCUAGUAUGAAAUCAACAACUAAUGAAUGA